UGAGAGUGAGAGGAGCCCGCAGAAAAAAAGGGAGUGCGAGUGAGAGACAAGGUUGUGGAGGACGGGAGAGAGAGAGAGAGAGAUUUACAAGUUCACUAUCUCCCUGUUAGAGAGAGGGUUGGUGGUGCCGGCGGCUGUCGGGGCGGCGUGGGGCUGAGGAAGGGGAGAAGAGGUGGUAGGGUAGAAAGAGCAAGUAGAGGAGGGGGUAGAGAUGUCAGACCUAGACCGGCAAAUAGAGCAGCUGAAGAAGUGCGAGCCUCUCAAAGAGUCGGAGGUGAAGGCUCUCUGCCUCAAAGCCAUGGAAAUCCUCGUCGAAGAGAGCAACGUUCAGAGAGUCGAUGCUCCUGUCACUAUAUGCGGCGACAUCCAUGGGCAAUUCUAUGACAUGAAAGAGCUUUUCAAAGUAGGAGGUGAUUGCCCGAAGACUAACUACUUGUUUCUUGGAGAUUUUGUUGACAGAGGAUUCUAUUCCGUUGAGACAUUUCUACUCCUACUUGCCCUUAAGGUUAGAUAUCCAGAUCGGAUAACUCUUAUUAGAGGAAACCACGAGAGCCGUCAGAUCACACAGGUGUAUGGAUUCUACGAUGAAUGUCUACGAAAGUAUGGAUCUGUCAAUGUUUGGAGAUAUUGCACGGAUAUAUUCGAUUAUCUGAGUCUGUCAGCUCUCAUCGAAAAUAAGAUUUUCAGUGUACAUGGUGGUCUGUCUCCUGCCAUUACAACCCUGGACCAGAUACGAACAAUUGAUAGGAAGCAAGAAGUACCUCAUGAUGGUGGCAUGUGUGACCUACUUUGGUCAGAUCCUGAAGAUAUCGUGGACGGUUGGGGUUUGAGUCCGCGUGGUGCUGGUUUCCUCUUUGGUGGCAGUGUUGUUACCUCAUUUAACCAUCACAACAACAUUGACUAUAUAUGCCGUGCCCAUCAGUUGGUAAUGGAAGGGUAUAAAUGGAUGUUCAAUAACCAGAUAGUAACUGUCUGGUCAGCACCAAAUUACUGUUACAGAUGUGGUAAUGUAGCUGCAAUUCUUGAGCUGGAUGAAAAUCUUAAUAAGCAGUUUCGUGUCUUUGAUGCUGCUCCACAGGAGUCAAGAGGCACGCCUGCCAAGAAACCUGCACCAGACUACUUUCUCUGAGGUUGGUUAAGACUGCCUGUCAUUAUCCAGGAGCCUAAUUCGUGAACAGCCUAUACAGACAAGGUGGAUGGAGGAUCUCUCACAUG